GGCAUCUGUCUGAGCUUCACCUUGACUGGCCACAAGCAGACCAAGGAGAAAACUGAAGAGCAGAAACUUCAUCUUGUUGACUCGAAGGACCCUUAUUCUCUAGAAGCUGAGGGUGUCCCAGUGGUUCUGCUCUUCAGUCUUGUCCUUGGUCUGCUUGUGGCCAGUGAAGGUGAAGCUCAGACAGACAACUCACAGUUCACAGGAAGAUGGAUAUCUCAUUACAAUGCCGCUGAUAACGUAGAGACGAUCACCGAGGGUGGGGCAUUCCACACUUUCAUGCGUUACAUUGAGUUUGAUGAAGAAAAUGGCACAAUACUGUUCCACUUUUAUGUCAAGGAGAAUGGAGAAUGCAUAGAAAAAUAUGUCUCAGGCACAAAGGAAGAAGACUUUUAUGCUCUUGACUACGCGGGUAACACUGAAUUUCGACUUGUUAAUGCAGACAACAAUGCUCUCAUAGCUCAUGAUAUCAAUGUGGAUGAACAUGGCAAGAAGACAGAAGUGGUGCAAUUGUUUGGUUCAGGAGAUAGUGUUAACUCGGAAAACAUAGAGAAGUUCAACAAUGCAGUGAGAGAAAAAGGGAUUCCAGAAGAAAAUAUCCAGAAUAUCAUCGAUAAUGAUACCUGUCCAGAGGAGUGAAAAAAAGUGACUCUGACACUUUUAAAGAGUAACUGAGAUGAGACACAUCCUUGUCUCAAUGGAAUCAAGAUCAACAACACGAAGACGACUCUCCUGGUUCCUGAUUAACAUGAUCGUGCUCUCUUCACAUUCAUACUCCCUCUCCUGUCUCAUCUCUCCUGGUGACUAAAUCAUGUCCUGGUUGGUGUUACUUGAUUUCUGAAGGUUUAAAUAAAUUGAUUAAAUAUUUGCCCUG